AUGGAAGACGAGAGAUUUGUGAUGAUGUCAACAAAGGGGUAUUAGGAAUUGGUAAAGAGUGAGGAUGGAAAGAACAUUUUCUGGUGCACUGAUAUUAACACUGAAUUGCCAAUUAAAAUGAGGUCUACAGGAAACGCAUCUGAGCCUCCAAGAACACUAAGUUAGGCUUUUAUUGACACAUCCCUUAAGCAAGGAGAUAAACCUGCAUUAUUCGUCGAGAGAGGUGGUAAAGUCUUUAAAUGGUCAUGGAAACAAUAUUGCGGGGAUAGUUUUGCUUUUGCAAAAGCUAUGCAUGUCAUUGGUGCAAAUGAGAGAAAGGCAGUUAACAUUAUGGGGCACAAUGCACCAGAAUGGCCCAUUGCUUUCGUCGGAGGCCUUCUUUUCAAUAGUAUUGUUAGCGGAGUCUAUCCAACUAACAAUGCUGAAGCCUGCCUUUAUCAGGCUGAACAUUCAGAGGCUGAGGUUAUAGUAGUUGAUAGCAUCGAGCAAUUAAAGAAAUAUGAAGUAAAUUUCCAUAAACUCCCAAACAUCAAGGCAGUCGUAGUCUACGCUCUAGAUAAACUUCCAAGUGACGUCAAGGACAAAAGAUACUACGUGUGGAAGGACUUCUUAAAUCUCGGAAAAGAUGUUAAGGAUGAGGUAAUUCAUGACAAAAUUAGAAGACAAAAGGCAGGGCAAUGCUGUUGUCUUAUUUACACUAGUGGCACUACUGGGAAUCCCAAAGCAUGCAUGUUGAGCCACGAUAAUUUGACCUGGACAAUAUUGUCAGCAUUCAAUUCUAUGUCAACUCCAUAGGUGCCAUUUAACGAUGAUGAUAGAUUCGUAUCUUACCUUCCUCUUUCCCAUAUUGCAGGUUUACUCAAUGAUGUUAUUUCACAUAUUUGUAUGGGUCAUUAGGUUUAUUAUGCUAGACCAGAUGCUCUCUAAGGAUCAUUGGUUUAAACUCUAUAAUGGGCAAAACCAACUUACUUCUUAGCAGUUCCUAGAGUCUGGGAGAAAUUUGAAGACAAGCUAAAAGAGAUUGCUGCAAGCAAAGGUGGUUUAGCUUAAUCAAUUUCAGGCUGGGCUAAAGGCCACGGAUAUGCCAAGGUAGUCGCUCAACAAAAAGGAUAAGCUCCACCACUUUGUUAUUCAGUUGCUAAUUUCUUAAUUUUGAAGAGAAUUAAAGCAGCAUUAGGUUUAGAUGAAUGCAAAGGAUUUGUUUAUGGAGCAGCUCCAAUUAAACAAUCCACUUUAGAGUAUUUCGCAUCUUUAGAUAUCCCCAUUCUAGGAGCUUAUGGUAUGAGUGAAACCACAGCAGCCACGACCAUGUAAAACACAUCAAAAUUCAACCUUAAAUCUGUUGGCUCUAUAAUGUAGGGUGGAGAACUUAAAAUUGACAACCCAGAUGAAAAAGGUAUUGGUGAGAUUUGCUUCAGAGGUAGAUAUGUAAUGAUGGGAUACUUGAAAAACGAGGAGGCAACCAGAGAAGUCUUCGACAAGCUAGGAUAUCUUCACUCUGGCGAUCUUGGAAAAGUCGACGAGAAAGGAUUUACUUUCAUCACUGGUAGAAUCAAGGAGCUUAUCAUCACAGCUGGAGGAGAGAAUGUAGCCCCUGUUAUCAUUGAGGACAACUUCAAGGAUGCCUGUCCACCUUGCUCAAACAUUAUGGUUAUUGGUGAAAAUCAAAAGUUCCUAGCUGCUAUCAUUACCUUCAAGGUUGACAUUGAUGUUGCCAAAGGUGUAGUGACUAGAAAUCUUACACCAGAAGCAAAGCAAUACUUCAAAAAUAAUCUUAAUGUUGAUGUCAAGACUACAGAAGAGGCUAUUGCCAAUGAGAAAAUCUAAAAAUUCAUCCAAUAGUGCAUUGAGAAGGCUAAUUAAAAAGCUGUCUCUAGAGCUGCUCAUGUCAGAAAAUAUAAGAUCAUACCUGAAGAUUUCAGUUUAGCUGGAGGAGAACUUACCCCAACUCUUAAGCUUAAAAGAAAGGUUACUGAGAAAAAAUAUCAAGCCUUAGUAGACGAAUUUUAUCAAGAAGCUAAACUUUGA